AAUGACGUGCUACACCAGUGGAAAAGCUUUCUAAUCUCCGAUCUCGGGGAUUAUUCUACUAAUGGGAGGAUUUAGCCCCUGUCCAUAGUUUCUGAUCACUCUCUAAAUACACCGUUGCAGCAUUUUUGUGCGCCUGUACACUUUCUACCACCAUGGAUUCCUUGCUCGUGUACUUUUGAAUGUACUUUUUCUUUUUUUUUCUCUCUCCAAACAAACUUUUUUGGGAUUAACAAGGGAAUUCGCAUGAUGCUAAAUGAUGCUGAUCUUUUUGUCCCUGAAGCGUGUAAACGCAGGUUGGAUUAGGUGCCGGCGACUCUCCAAAGCUCUCGCACCGAGUCUACCUGUUAAUUCCCCCUGACUGAGACACUUUGAGCCCGUUUUCCCUUCACGAUGGAGACCGAGCUGAGACCCAGGCUCUGCUUUCUGGUGAAAGGAGAGCGGGGAUACGGCUUUCACCUGCACGGCGAGCGGAAUAGAGGUGGACAGUACAUCCGCAAAGUGGAGCCCGGAUCCUCGGCGGACCUGGCCGGGCUCCGGCCGGGGGACCGGGUGGUGGAGGUGAACGGGGAGAACGUGGAGAGCGCCUCGCAUCACCAGGUGGUGAACCGUAUCUGUGAGGUGGCCCACCGCACCAGGUUACUGGUGGUGGACAGAGAAACGGAUGACUACCUCCGCAGACAUGGCCUGGCCUGUACAGAGGAGCUUGCCAUUGAAAUGGGAACCCUGUCUCCGCGCCCCUCUCCCAGGCCCACACCCUGCGCCUCUCCAAUACCCAGAGAGAACUCACCCCUGUCCCUUAAAACCAACCACAGCCAAUCAUUUGUUUUUCCUGCUGCAGAGUCACCCACUCGCAUGAACACAUAUGGCAAAGUCGAGAGGACCUCAGCGGCAUCAAGUUCAGCAACAGACACAGAGGUUGAGUCUUCACCCGAGCCGGCAGUUGAGCUCCUGCCUCGUCUGUGCUUCUUGGUAAAGGGGGAGUGCGGCUACGGCUUCAACCUGCACAGCGAUAAGAAAAGGCGUGGACAGUUUGUGCGAGCCGUGGACCCCGACUCAGCUGCUGAAAGAGCAGGUGUUCAGCCUGGAGACAGACUUGUCGAGAUAAAUGGAGUGACUACAGAGGGCUUGAAGCAUUCAGAGGUGGUGGCGCUCAUCAGAGCCGGAGGGGAGGAAGUCCGCCUCCUAGUGGUCGACCAGGCGACGGAUGAACUCUUCCAGAGACUGGGAAUCACACCGACGAGCAGCCAUACCAAAGAGGUCUACGUGGAUGACCAACCUACAGAAAGCACGCCGCCAACACCUUCUCCAACAAUUGAACUCCCUGCUGCAGAUGCGCCGAUCAUAAACGUCACUCUGACAGACUCUCCGGAAACACAAUUGUCUCCAAAAUCCCGAGCCAAUGGGAGCUCAGCGUCCCAGUCCUCCAGAAGUUCCACCACCCAGUCGGAGAUCAGCAGCUCAGACAUGAGCUUUCAGGUUCCUGAUGAGGAUGACAGACGUACCUCGGACCCUUUCAUGGAAACCGGCCUUCGCCUGAGCCCCACAGCUGCAGAGGCUAGACUAAGGGCCCUGGGCACCCGCAAUAAGAAGAGAGCGCCCCCAAUGGACUGGAGCAAGAAACAAGAGCUCUUCAGCAACUUGUGACUGAUGAGAUGGAAGUGAAAGGAUAAGAAGCAGGAGAGCAUUAUUGAAAGAAGAAUGUUUUUAUUAAAUGGUUCUUUUCUCUUUUUGUUUUAAGUACCAAUUCUCUGUCUUGCACAUACUGUAUAUGGACUAUAAAACUAUAAAAAGGAAAGAAGGAGGGAAAACAGGACAAUGGCAGCGCUUUCGAUAGGUGCUUUGUAUAAAAGCCUCUAGUGGUAACAAAGUGGUAUUACAAGACCUGCCAGAUCAUCUCCACUUGCAAGCACAGCAUUUUGCUGUACCCCCUUUGCUAUUUUAUGCAUAUAAAUUCAUAUUUAUAUUUAUGUAUACUUCCACGGGUGAUAGAGAAUGAAAAAGGACAGAUCCCACGGGACUUCUAGAUCCAGACUGAAACUGGUGAUGGCUAACCAACAGGACAUUGGGGUGGUCGGCAAACUCCAAAAAAGAGCAGUGGUGAUUGAUUUGCUUGGGAUUGCCACAUCAGGACAAAGGAACACGAGAAACUGGACGAGUACCGAAGGUUGAAUUAAGAGCUAGAGAAGAUCUGGAAGGUGAAGACAGUAGUGGUGCCAGUAGAAGUUGGAGCACUUGGAGCACUGGGAGAGUGGCUCCUGCAGAUCCCAAGAACAACAUCAGAGAUCUCGGUCCAGAUCAGCGCAAUCCUAGGAAAAGCAAAGAUCCUGCUCCUAGACAUCUGCUAGAGGACCCAUAUAUGUACAGUUUGACUUCUGUAUAUUUAUAAGUAUAAAUCUUACAUAUAGCAGCUUUAAUUCAGAGUAUGAACAUCCUGCAGGACAGUUGUCUGUUCCAGUAUUAUCAACAACUGCUUAAAUUAUGGGGGGGGGGGACCCCAAAAAAGAUGGACAAGUCUCAGGUAUGACCAAAUACAGAUGCAGAACUGAAGUUGCAUCCAACAUUCUGAGCUUGCCAUCCUCCUUCUGGACCUGUAUGACGUUAGCUUCCUUUUUCUGUUACAUGUGGUCAGUUUGGCUACAUUGGUAGAUUUUUACUGUUGGAAGGUGAUGAAGGGUCACAGCAUGUGCAUUGUUUCUAUAUGGUUAAAGGGUCACAGCUGCAGGUAUAGUCUUUUUUUUUUUUCCAUCUCCAUUCCUGCAUAUCCCAGCUUCAUAUUUUGGUUAUUUUCAAGUUAACGCAUCUGUAUGAUUUCCUGUGCACCUCUAGGUCCAUGACAUUAUCCGGAUCUGCUUGAUUUGAGCUCCAUCUGCAGAAGAUACACGUUUCUGUUGUUAACUCUGGGAAAUAUAUCGCUACCAAACGAUUUCAUGUGACUAUAUUUGCAACAGGUCCCUUUGAGUCUUUCAGUAGUUAUAUAUGUAUAUUUUCUUUCUUAAAUUAGAUCAUAUCAGUUGUAAAUGUACAUGCAUAGCAAUAGAUGAAGAUCAUUUAAAACAAUUAAUCACCUCAGUGCUUCUCUUAAAUUGUCCAGAAUGAUUUCCAUGUGUACGUGUGUACUGGAAAGGAAAGGUGGACUCACUUUGGAAAAAUGCUCAACAUUGUGCUUGGUUUGAACCUCGACCGUUGUAAAAUAAACUUUCAGAAUAUGUUUAAAAAUUCA